UUCUUUCAGUGUUACUCCGUCUUCCGUGUGCAGAGCUGCUGAAAGGUGUUGCAGUCAGACGUAGUCACACCUGUCGUACACCUGUAGAGAAGUGCCAUGGACUGGGUUACCCUGGGUGACAGGCCCGACGAGAGACUAUGUCAGGCCAGAAAUACCUACAAGGUAAAGCUGGUCCCUGGUCACACGCUGCCUACCAUGGAGGUGCUGCGGGCAAAAGCUGAGGAGAUGUUACAGCAGAAAAGAGAAGAUGCGUUUUAUGUCUUUGACCUCGGUGACGUGGUGGAAAAGUACGAGAAAUGGCUGAGACUGAUACCCCGGGUAGAACCUUUCUAUGCCGUCAAGUGCAACCCUUCUCCACUUGUGGUCAAGCUGUUGGCGCAUCUUGGAGCAGGUUUUGAUUGCGCCAGCCAGAAAGAAAUAGACCUCGUACUCGCGAUGUGUGUUGCACCUUCCCGUAUCGUGUUUGCCAAUCCAUGCAAACAAAACUCCUUCAUCCAUUUCGCCAACUCUAAAGGUGUAGAGAUGAUGAGUUUUGACAACGAGGUUGAGCUGCAGAAAAUCAAAGAAGCUUUCCCACGAUCUCGUCUUCUACUGCGAAUUGUGCCCAAGUCCGGAUUCAAGCAUCAUCGGGAGAUAGGCAACAAAUAUGGCUGUCACCUUGAGGAUGUUCCACACCUGCUUUUGAAAGCACAGCAGCUACAACUCAACGUCAUUGGCAUCAGCUUCAACGUCGGCAGUGGUGUGCUGGAGCCUGAGGCCUACUCAGCCGCAAUCACAAUGGCAGCAAAAGCCUUCGACAUGGCAAAAGAGCUCGGCUUCUCUUUCCAUCUGCUUGAUAUCGGUGGAGGAUUCCUGGGGUGCUCAGGCGAAGAAGAACACUUUGAAAGGACGGCUGAGGUCGUGAACGAGGCUCUACAGAAGUAUUUCCCUCCAGAAAGAAAUAUCCGCCUCAUAGCCGAGCCAGGAACAUACUUUGUUGCUUCUGCCUUCACCCUCGCCGUCAACGUCAUAGGGAAACGUCUCGAGUCACGUGAUACACCAGACCAACAAAACUCCAUGGUAGAGAGCUGUCACAACACAUUCAGAUAUUUCCUAAACGAUGGUGUUUUUGGAUCGUUCCUGAUGUUUGCCUUACUUCGUACAAUAAAGCCGACUGUUGAGCCUCUUUAUGCACAUACAAACCCCAAGAAGUAUAAAUGUAGCCUGUGGGGACCCACGUGUGCCGGCAUAGAUUUGAUCCUUGACCAGGUGGACCUACCUGAGAUGAAAGUCGGCGACUACCUGUGUGUCCGUAACAUGGGUUACUACACCAUCAGCUUGUACUGCGGCUUCAACGGCAUGCUCUUACCUGAGGUUUUCCCUUACUGUGCUGAAGAUAUCUGGUUGCGCGUGUUUCCAGAGAAGAAGAUUCCCAUCGCACAGGCUGUCUCAGUUAACUGACUCAAGCUUUUACAAGCAUAAACAAGCUUUAUUUGAAUGGAGGUGAAUAAGGGAAGGUGAAGGAUUCAUAGACAGAUGUAAGCCCACACAGCAAAAGUAUCCAUUACAAAAAAAAAUUUUUCCAAGAAACCAGUUUCUAUAUGUAAAAUUAUUAAUCGCCUCAAACAAAAGAAAUAAUUGUAGCUAAGCUUGCUUUGUAAAUUUCUGUCUCUGUCACUGUUUUGGAUGUUUAUUAGAGAUCUUAUAUUUGUUAUGGAAAAAUCUUUAUCUUUUUGUUGUGUAGUGGUAGUUAAAUUCAAUGAUUAGGGAUUGGGUUAAAAAGGAAAAUCUUUGCUAUAGUUAUAAUAUCUGACUGGAGUUUUUCGUUUCGAUGAUAAAGAAAUCUACCCAAAAUGUAUCUCACUCUGUUAUACAUUUUUGUUAUAUUCAUGUUUGGAUAAAACUCUUGUUUUUGAGUGGAUUGCAUAAGUACUUUACCUCUUUGAUAAAUACCCGUAAAUUUCUUUAUAGGCUUUUUGUGUGUCGGACAGUGAAGAAUAUAAUAUGUAAUAUAUUUCACCCUAAGAACAUGGUAAAAAAUGUUCUUUAUAGUAGCCACUACUUCGUGAGCAUAAAUACAUUAUUUUAGCUUUGUAUUGUAUUUUUAUUAUAUACUUUGUAAUAUUUCUUUUUUUGCCUUUUGUAUUGUAAGGUUAUUGUAUUGUAUUGUAAUUUGUACUUUAUUUUGCAUUUUAGUUAGAAAAUUUCUGCUCUUCUGGUAGGUUAGGUCACUUCUUUUACUCACAGUCUCAAAAAAUGGGAGAUUGUGUUCAAUUUAAUUACUAGUUUCCUGCACAGGUUAUAUGAAUGUGACCCGAUAAUAAAUACCGUUUUCCUUUAUGCAGAUUCUCCUACAGAUUUAAUAUAAUGCCACGUUUGGAAGUGUUUCUCUAUAGUGCUGAAGAUGUAUGGUGAACUGAUCGUGUCUUUGAGUUUUUCUCAGCAUUGUAACUUACUUGUUUGUACUUACAA